AGAGUGGAGCUUGUGGCAAGUCACAGCGCAGGCUGCACGGAGAAGGGAGGCACAGUCUGUACUGCACAGCCUUUUUAUAUUUUGAAUGAGCACACCGCCUUGAUUUAUGAAGAUGUGGACGGCUAUAGGGAAACUGCUGCUUUUACAUAUGAUACUCGUGGGGUGUCUGCUGGUAAACGGAAAUAACCCGGACUGUGAAAGCGGUCAGUUUCAAUGCGGGAAUGGCAGGUGUAUCCCGACUCCAUGGAGAUGUGAUGAUGAUGAUGACUGCUCGGACAACAGCGAUGAGGAGAAUUGCCCAAAAAAGACAUGUGCCACAACAGACUUUGCAUGUAAGAAUGGGCAGUGUGUCCCGGCCCGAUGGAGAUGUGAUGGAGAACCGGAGUGUCCAGAUGGUUCGGAUGAAACAGACUCCACCUGCAGUCGACAGACGUGUCCCCCAGAGAAGUUUGACUGUGGUGGCUCGACAAGCAAAUGUGUGUCAUUGUCAUGGCACUGCGAUGGUGAACAGGACUGUGAAAAUGGAGCAGAUGAGGAGCAGUGUGCUGCAGAUGCCAAGGCUUGCCCCGCUAAAGAGUUCCAGUGCCAUAAUCGUCUGUGCGUGGCUCCCACGUUUGUCUGUGAUGGGGAUGAUGACUGCGGCGACGGCAGCGAUGAGGAGAAGUGCACGGCAGCCACUGCCAGCACCUGCGGGCCGCACGAGUUUCGCUGUAACGACUCCGAGUGUAUCCCAGCGCCAUGGAGCUGCGACGGAGAUCCCGACUGCAGAGACAAGUCGGAUGAAUCUUUGGAGCGUUGCAGCCGCAGGACGGAGCCUCAAAAACCCCACUGCACUGCGGGAGAGUUCAGGUGCAGGAGUGGAGAGUGUAUUCACCUCAACUGGAAAUGCGACGGAGAUGUAGACUGCAAGGACAAGUCUGAUGAGACCAACUGUCCUGUGCUGACCUGUCGUCCUGAUGAGUUCCAGUGCGGCGACGGCUCCUGCAUUCACGGCACUAAACAAUGUAACAAAGUGCACGACUGUCCAGAUUUCAGCGACGAGGCUGGCUGCAUCAACAAAACCACCAAAUGUGAAGGUCUGCUGAAGUUCAUGUGUAAGAGCGGGGAAUGUAUCGAUAGCAGUAAAGUGUGCGACAGUCUCAAGGACUGCAAGGACUGGUCUGAUGAGCCUGUGAAGGAGUGCGGUCUGAAUGAAUGUGCCAUUAACAAUGGAGGCUGCUCUCACAUAUGUAAGGACCGGCAGAUCGGCUAUGAGUGUGAAUGUCCCUCGGGCUACAAGCUCCUGGACAAGAAGACUUGUGGAGACAUAGACGAAUGUGAGAACCCUGAUGCCUGCAGUCAAAUAUGUAUCAACCUCAAAGGCGACUACAAAUGUGAAUGCUAUGAGGGUUACGAGAUGGACCCGGUUACCAAGACAUGUAAAGCAGUGGGUAAGAGCCCAUAUCUUAUGUUUACUAACCGCCAUGAGAUCCGACGCAUUGACCUGCUGAAGAAGGACUAUACGCAGGUAGUGCCAAUCCUGAAGAACGCCGUGGCCCUAGAUGUGGACGUGACCACCAACAAGAUGUACUGGUGUGACCUCUACCAUCGCAAGAUCUUUAGCGCAUACAUCAACAAAGCCAGUGAUGCUUCUCAGCAGAUCACGCUCAUAGACACUGCGCUACAUUCCCCAGAGGGCUUAGCAGUGGACUGGGUCCAUAAGAACAUCUACUGGACCGACUCUGGGCACAAAACUAUCUCUGUGGCGACUGGCGAUGGCAAGAAGAGGAAGGUGUUGAUCCACACAGAGCUUGGGGAACCGCGUGCCAUCGUCGUUGACCCAAGACAAGGGUUCAUGUACUGGUCAGACUGGGGAACGCAGGCGAAGAUUGAGAAAGCCGGAAUGAACGGGGUUGAUCGACAGGUUCUGGUUUCAGAAAGGAUCGAGUGGCCCAAUGGGAUUGCGCUCGAUCUGUCUAGUAGACGACUCUACUGGGUGGAUUCCAAGCUCCAUCUGAUCUCCAGUGUGGACCUGAAUGGGGACAACCGUAGAGUUCUGCUGUCCUCCAUGGAUCAUCUCGGACAUCCCUUUGCUCUUACUCUUUUUGAGGACCGGGUUUACUGGACAGACUUGAAGGAUGAGGCUAUCUACAGUGUAAACCGGCUGACAGGACAUGAUGUGGCAAUGCUGGCUCAACAUCUCAACAACCCACUGGACGUGGUGGUGUUCCACGAGCUCCGGCAGCCUCAAGCUCCAGAUACAUGCAACAUUGGGAGUUUGCCCAAUGGAGGCUGUGAGUACCUGUGCCUCAGAGCUCCUCAGAUUACAGACCACUCACCCAAGUACACGUGUGCCUGUCCUGACAACAUGGAACUGGGCCCAGACAUGCGCCGCUGUGUGACAGUCAAACCCAAGACGACAACUUCUGCAAGUACAACCACUUCUACGACACCAGAACCUUCUAUUACUGUGACUCCUACAACCACCACUCCAGUUACAAACACUGAUACUCCUACAACAACCAGUACAAUCUCCACAACUACACCUACAGCUACAGUAUCAAGUACAACCACCAUCAGCCCUAGCACCACCACUCAUUCCAGCACCACACACUCCACAGCCACUUCAACCCUAGUGACCACUCAGUCUAGCACUACAUCGCCAAGGAAACAGCCAACCUCCACCCAGACGCCAGCAGAUCACAGACAGACAUCUACAACCAUCACCCACGGCAACAGCAUACAAGGGGCCAAUGGCAAUCUCUCUCAUCGCGCUGGAAGUGGAAAUGACCACUUCCUCCUUGGUAGCAAUAUUACUGUUGCAGUUUUGGGUAUUGUCAUUCCAAUAGUUCCUAUCCUUGCCACAGUGGUCAUCGGCCUGAUGUGUACCGGAGGCUACCUGGUGUGGCGCAACUGGAGGAGACGAAACACCAAGAGCAUGAACUUCGACAACCCCGUUUAUCGCAAGACCACAGAGGAUGACGACGACGAAAUCCACAUCGGCCGCAGUGAGGAGAUCGGACACGUCUACCCUGCACGCGUGGCGCUCAGUCCGGAUGAUGACGGGUUCCCCUGAGGGGAUUCUUGUACUUGCACUCUCCUUCUCCAUCCCUGAAUCCAUACGUCCUUUAGUCCUCCAUCUCUCCUUCCAUCGAGGAGGUCGCACGAAACAACGCAGCAAGGCGCAGUUAGCCAAAAGGACACAAGGGCACUUGCUCUCCACAGCCGAGAGCUACAAACUGGGUUUGUCUUCUCAUAGUGUCUUUUCCAGCCCAUAAGUUCAGGCAAUAAUCACUAGUUUUAAAAUUAAACUACUAGCAUCAUUCUUGCUCUGUGUCAGUAGUCAUAGGUAGUGCUGUCUAAUGAUGACUAACUUCAUAGCUCAUCACGUCAGUAGUUGCUAAAACUCAGUGGCUCUCCUGUAGCCCUCGUGCUGUAGUUUUCUCUUUCUGUUUUUAGAAAUAAUUGUAUUACUGGUUAAGCUGGUUGGAGCUGAGCUAUGGCCAUUUUGUCUGGCAAAACUUGUUGGGAGAGAAUUGUGGGCAGUCCAUGCUGUUAGCAUAGGAGAUGAAUAGAAGGAAAUAUGAAAUAGGAUUGGAGAUAGGAUGUGGAAAAUUCAUAUUUGCAGACAUAACACAAAUUCCACCAUGUGGCUGUUAUGCAUUCAUAUAAUCUCACAAGCAAAUAAUAUACCACAAAAAAAUAAGAUUUACCUGUAAAUAAGUCAGAAUCUGUAAUUUUCCAUCCUCCUGCUUACAUACUUCUAAUGCCAAGACUAGCGUUCCUUCACGUCUUCCAUAGUCGCUCAAGUCAGAUUGGACCCUUCUAAAAGAUCUGCAGCCACUAUCUGGAGAUGAAGGGUUUCACCUCCCAGCUUUGAGAGGUAAUAAUAUAUUUUCCAUUUUUAUUUAUUUCCAGCACUGGGUCUUCCAUUUUCUCAAGUUUCUAGUACCAACUAAAAUCUUCCUGCCCAGGCACAUUUAUAACCCCAAAAAUUUAACUCAGGAUGUCAGUUUUUCUAAAAUAAUAUCAGUUAUCGAUAUAAUCUGUGUGGUUUGUUAUCACAAACACGCUUAUAGAUACGGUAGCCAAGGUUUGAUAAUGGCUUAAAUGCUGUUUGUUCAUAUCUACAGUCUAGAUCGCUCCCUCUCAGACACACAAAAAUACACACGUGCUCUCGCACAAACAUAAAUGUGUCUUUUCCGCCCCUACAUUCGUCAUGUCUUGGAGAAAACUCUUAAGCAUUUAGCUUGCGGACAAAGAAGACAUUGUCUGCCAUAUUGGGUAACUUAAUGGCGGGAUAGAUUCGAGUCAUAGAACAAAGCUUUGCUCCUUUGAACAGUCAUCUGUUCAACACGUGGCACAGGAAAUGAGGAGUGCCUGAAUAUAGGCUUCCUGUACAUAUCAACUCUCCAACUCUCUGUGUGUGAUGAAUGAGCGCUUGGUUAUUUCUGUAUCACUGUCAGAGAGACACUGACUUGAUUGGACAAUGUAAAAAAAAAGGCUAACCUAAAUAGAUGAGUCGAAAGGGCUUUGAUAGAUUCAGAAAAGUGGUUAUCCCACUUUGUCCAAGACUAACUGAAAUAAACUGAAAAGAAAAUAUGUAAUUGGGGCCCCCCUGAUAGUUUGCCAUUUGUCCUGAUUGAGAACCACUGAUUUAUAGAUCCUAUAGACCAUUAAGGCCAUCUUAACUUCAUCUAAACCAUCUUAAACCAGCAAAAAAUAAAAUAACUUAGGCUGGGUUAAGAUUUUCUAGCAGGGAUCAAAACUUGACAUGUGACAGUAUGUUUCUUUGUUACUGGGGUGUGAUGUUAGAUCAGAUGGUUUUGAAGAAAUAGUGAGUUGCCCUUUGUUGGAGGCUACUGAAAGUCCCUGAGAUGUAUGUUUGGUUCUGGCCAGCAUGUGGCCGGUCUCGCAUCUGGAGUGGUUCUUUGUUCCUGCCACCUUUGCUCUUCUCUGCUGUGAUGAGGCAUCUUGUGUGUGGCUCGUGUGAAACAUCCCUCCACAUUUCAAAGAAUCCUCCAUUAAGUCACUGUUUGCUUUCCAUUAGAAAGAGAGACAGUGUGGGAGUUUCGUUGCUUAGGCUUUUGUCUGUGAAGAUUAAAGAAGCUGUAGUCUGUAGUUGAUUUUCUGCUCAUACAGGCGUGAGAUGUCUUCACUGAAGACAUGUUUUGGAGAUAACAGACCUAUUGUCGUCGAUAUUAUAGUUUGUUUAAUGAAUCUUCAUUCAUCCUUAACCAUUUCUCACGUCAAACGGUGUAUACAGUAUGGAAAGUAUAAUGGAUGAAUGGACUUUGGAAGCAGUAAGAGUUUAGAUGUUUUGAGUACUU